UAUUUGAGCUGUGUCUUUCUGCCCCCAGCAUUCCUCUCGAGUCCAGGCUACAGCGACGUUGCUAGUUGCCGAACAAAUUGACCAUCAAGGUCAUCACCAGCUAUCUCAGCCGCUACUCCGACUUCGAAUCAUGGCAGCGAUAAAUCCUCUUCCGAAUGGUGGGCCAGACGCGACAGGCGGACGAAGUAGAGGAGGCCCUCGAGGAAGAGCCCGAGGUGGACACCGGGGAGAGGGUGGUGGAAGAGGAGGACAAUUUCACGGACAAUCAGACAGCCGCGGUGUUGAGAGAUACGGCGACAAUGAAGGCAACAGAGGCCGUGGACGAGGGCGAGGAAGAGGUCAAGGGCGAGGACGAGGGAAUCGAGAUCGAGCAGGAAGUCUACAACAAAACGGCGCAAUCCUUUCCAGCGAACAAAGUCAAAGGCCGGCCCAAGGACCUCCGCAUCCAGGAGGAGAAGGCGUUCUUGGCCUGCGCGCACUGCAGAACUGAGGCAGCACAUGUCAUCUUUACCGACGAUGCCGAGAAACGAUACGAGGACUUUCAAAAAGGGGACUUCUUCCGCGAGGACAAGAAUCUGGGUAUCAGUUAUGAGAAGCCGGAGAUUUUCGAGGAUACGGUCUUGCUGCUGAGAUACAACUGUCCUGAUCACGACUGCGAUGUUGCAUGCCUGGGAUGGCCGGACUUGCAUCGCCAUGUGCGGAGUGUGCAUCAAAAGGUGAUGUGCGAUCUCUGCACACGAAACAAGAAGGUUUUCACACACGAGCAUGAGCUGUUCACACAACAAGAGUUGCGCAAGCAUGAGAAGUUCGGUGACGACAACCCAGGCGCAGUGGAUCAGAGUGGUUUCAAAGGACAUCCUGAGUGCGGCUUUUGUCGGAAGCGAUUCUACGGCGACGAUGAGUUGUACACGCAUUGUAGAGACAACCACGAGCGGUGUCACGUUUGCGAUCGAAGAACGGGAGGACAGACUCCAGCAUACUUCCAGAACUACGAAGCGCUCGAAGCACAUUUCGGCAAGGAUCACUACCCGUGCUUGGACUCGGAAUGCUUGGAAAAGAAGUUUGUGGUGUUCGAUUCAGAGAUGGAUCUGAAGGCUCAUCAACUGGAGUCUCAUCCCAACGGUUUGUCCAAGGAUGCGAGAAGAGACGCUCGAAGGGUCGACCUCUCGACAUUCGACUACAGACCGCAAUACCAAGAACCUCAACGAGGAGGAAGAGGUGGUAGAAGGGCCGGCAGAGGGCGAGACCCAAAUGCGGAAGGUGUGCCAGCUGUCGCCUCAGGCCACAUGUCACGAGCAGAAGCGGCUUACCAGCGCGAAAGAGAGAUCCAUAGCGCUCAGUCGGUGUCUGCACGGUCGUUUGGUGGCCAGCUAAGCGCACCCACACCAGUCGCGCAGUCUGUCCCUCGACCGGCGGCACGGCAGGGCAACAACACUCUUCCACCUCCAGCACCAGCACAUGAUGGGGCUCGAUCUGGUGCAACAUCGCCAAGACCAACGGAAGCGCUCACUCCGCAGGAGCAGGCGCGGCGUGUCCGACAUGCGGCUGUGACUGAGCGCGCUACAAACCUCCUCCGCAACGAUCAGGUCAAGUUGAACGAGUUCCGAGAGCGAAUCUCGACCUACCGCAAAGAUGGCAUCUCCGCAGGCGACCUCAUCGACGCCUUCUUUGCCCUUUUCGACACGAGUUCUGACGAGCUCGGAAAAUUGGUUAAAGAACUGGCUGAAAUCUUCGAAAUCUCCUCCAAGCGCGACGGCUUACUAAAAGCAUGGUCCGACUGGAAGGCCAUCAACGAAGACUACCCGACUCUUCCUGGUCCUGCAGGCGCCAACACCACCGCAGCAGGCGUCCUAGGUAAAGGUGUGGGCACAUCUCGUGUACUCAAGCUCAAGUCCUCGACUGCGCAAUCCUCCCGCUCAAAUGUGGGCAGACAAGCCUCAUGGGGCACCGCAGGUUCCUCUUCCUCCAGCCCUGGAAAUCCCUUCCCAUCUCUACCACCUCGCAACGGUGGUCCUGCACCUCGCGGCCCAACCUCAUCGAGAGCACCUCCAGCAUCCACACCCAGCUGGCUCGCCAUUCGACCUGCCGUCUCCGCCGCGGUGUCAUCUUCCAGCUCCGCAAGACCGUCCGCUGCUUCCAGCCGUACAGCAUCGUCGACAAACUCCACCCGCGGUAAAGACGCCUUCCCAUCACUUCCGGCAGCGAAGAAGCCUACAUCAACGGUCUUUUCCCCUGGAUAUACCGGACUGGGUGUUAUUAGGAAUAACGCUAACCAAGCUUCGGUCAAUGCAUGGGGUGGUUCCAGCGGCAAUGCUUCCGGAGCGAGCACACCAGCUGUCGGCGCUGAUGACGAAGGCGCUGGAAAGAAGAAGGGCAACAAAGCAUAG